UUACGGUUACUAGUUAACCAGUGUGAGAAAUAUGGCGGAUACCGGUGUGGUGAAAACAGAUAUCCGCACUGCGAUCUGGAAUCCUAGAGGUUGGAAAAGUCUUUUGACAUUUUUUAUCCUAGCAUUAGCCUGGCUUGCCGGUUUCAGUUCCAGGCUUUUCUCAGUUAUUCGAUUCGAAAGUAUUAUACAUGAAUUCGAUCCCUGGUUUAAUUACCGGUCAACUCAUUACAUGGUCAGUAAUGGGUUCUACAAUUUUCUUAAUUGGUUUGAUGACCGAGCCUGGUAUCCUUUAGGCAGAAUAGUUGGUGGAACUGUCUACCCAGGACUUAUGGUAACAUCAGGAUCUAUACAUUGGAUUCUUCAUACUCUUAAUAUUCCAGUUCAUAUCCGGGAUAUCUGUGUAUUUUUAGCUCCUGUUUUCAGUGGUCUCACUGCUUUAGCUACAUAUUUCUUUACCAAGGAAAUAUGGAGUUCAGGAGCAGGUCUCUUUGCAGCAUGCUUCAUUGCAAUUGUACCAGGCUACAUCAGUAGGUCUGUUGCUGGUAGCUAUGAUAAUGAAGGCAUUGCCAUAUUUGCUUUGAUGUUCACCUAUUAUACUUGGAUAAAAGCAGUAAAGACAGGAACAGUAUUCUGGGGAGUAUGUACUGCAUUGUCCUACUUCUAUAUGGUAUCAGCUUGGGGUGGGUAUGUUUUCAUCAUCAACUUAAUCCCACUUCAUGUCUUUGUGUUAUUGCUGAUGAAACGAUAUUCUAGGCGAAUUUAUAUUGCAUACACGACAUUCUACAUCGUUGGAUUGUUAUUGUCAAUGCAAAUUCCAUUUGUUGGAUUUCAACCUAUUCGUACCAGUGAACACAUGGCUGCAGCAGGUGUAUUUGCACUACUGAAUGCUUAUGCUGCUCUGAGGUACAUCCAGUCUGUGCUCUCCAAAUCAGAAUUCCGCUACUUUUUCAUCAUUUCAAUUGUAGCUGCAGCUGGUUUGGUCUUUAUCACUGUUGUUGGGUUGACUUGGGCUGGUUUUAUUGCACCAUGGAGUGGAAGGUUCUAUUCUCUUUGGGAUACUGGUUAUGCUAAAAUCCACAUCCCUAUUAUAGCUUCAGUAUCAGAACAUCAACCUACAACUUGGGUUUCUUUUUUCUUUGAUCUUCACAUUUUGGUCUGUGCUUUCCCUGCUGGAGUUUGGUUCUGCAUACGUGAUGUCAAUGAUGAAAGAGUUUUUGGUAAGUUUCCAUGUGAUGUUGGUAAAGCCAAGAAGAUAAAAGAUGACAAGCCCAAGGAACAAGAAAGCCUUGGUAUUAAUAUCAAAAGUAUCAUAAACAUUGCAGUUGUGAUGAUGUUAAUGCUUUUUGCUGUACAUUGUACUUGGGUUACAAGCAGUGCAUACUCAAGUCCUAGUAUUGUACUCGCUUCAUUUAACCAUGAUGGGAGCCGCACUAUUUUAGAUGAUUUCCGUGAAGCUUAUUAUUGGCUACGUCAAAAUACACAUGAUAAAGCAAGAAUAAUGUCUUGGUGGGACUAUGGUUAUCAGAUUGCUGGAAUGGGAAAUCGGACUACAUUAGUAGAUAAUAAUACUUGGAACAACAGCCAUAUAGCAUUGGUUGGCAAAGCUAUGUCAUCAAAUGAGACAGCAGCAUAUGACAUCAUGCGAUCUUUAGAUGUUAACUAUGUACUUGUGAUAUUUGGUGGUGUCAUAGGUUACUCUGGAGAUGACAUUAAUAAAUUUUUAUGGAUGGUGAGAAUUGCUGAAGGAGAACACCCAAAAGAUAUCAGAGAAUCUGAUUAUUUCACACCACAAGGAGAGUUUCGAGUUGAUGCAGCCGGCUCUUCAACACUCUUGAAUUGCUUAAUGUACAAGCUUUCAUAUUAUCGAUUUGGCCAACUCCAGCUUGAUUUCAGAAAUCCUCCUGGAUUUGAUCGGACUCGAGGAGUAGAAAUUGGAAACAAAGAUUUUGAUCUUAGUCAUCUUGAGGAAGCAUAUACUACUGAACAUUGGUUGGUCAGAAUUUACAAAGUAAAAGAUUUGGAAAAUCGCCAACGGAUUAAAAUUCGGCGGCCUGUGAAGAGACCUACCAAGCGAUACUCAACGAAAACUGCAAGAAGGAAACAAGGCCGAAUCAAGGACAAACCUAGAAUUAAGAAAGGAAUCAAAAAAGGAAAGAAAUUAAAAUAAAAGCUGUAGUGUAAAAGUAGUACAAAUUUGGCCAUUUGUAACAAUACCAUCCAGUUACUGGUAAUAUUCCAAGUCAAGGACAGACUUUUUUAGGCAUUGCUGAAACAGUGACUUUCAGCUUUUUCUCCCACAAAGCCAUCGUUUUUAUUUCCUUCUCAGUUCUUUCCCUUACACAUAAACACACACACACACAUCCACACCCACAUACACACACACACACCUUAUCAAGAGUUGAGUGGAGUUGGGAGUGGUUAUUGGGAAAGUUUGCAAUCUUGCAACUAUACACUUGGAAUUAAUCAAUCAUUUCAAACUCAAAAUGUGUGAACAGGGAAUGACAGUGUGAAUGUGAGUAAAGCUCAUUUAUAUGUACACGUGUCUAUAAUAAUAAUAUUAUGCACGUGUAUAAUUCUCUGUGUAUGUAUGCGAGUGUGUGUAUAAUGCUCUUGUAUAUUUUACAUAUAUCUAUUAUACACACUUGGGGUGUAUGUCUGUGUGUGUUUGUAUCUAGAUGUUUUUUGUUAUUAAAUGGAAAAGAAUACAUCAGCAGCAAUCACAUUCUACCAUUCUUCUUUUGCUAAAUAACUGUCUGUUCCUUACAAUGUUUCUUUUUCUUAUUUUGAUAAGAAAAAUAAUAAAAGGGGCUAAAAAAAUAUAAAGAUGUAAACUUUUUGUUGUUAUUAAUACUAAGUGGUGGCUGAAAUUUCAAGAAUGAGGGUUACUUUUUCUAGAAGUUUCUUAACCCUUUGAUUUUUGUUUGUUUGUUUGUUUCAUGUUUUUUAAAUGUUUUCAUUUAUAUUUUUGUUUCUUCAAAUGUUAUUUGUAUGAAUAAACAAAUCAUAGAAAUAUUUUA